AUGGAUCUGCACUCUGCGGAUGUUCAGAUCCUGCAGCUCGCAGAGUGUCAGCAAACAGCAUCCGAUACCUGGCAAUGGACAAGGCAGUAUGCCCGCUCCGGCCCGACAAAGGGGGCAGACCAAGCCCAAGCUACGACAAAGGAGCUUACCUUGCUGAUCCCCGGCUACUUGAUCCAUCCAUUGAGCCCACAUAUCAUUGAGCUUGCACGCGCAGACGAAGUGGGAGACCCUACAAGGCCCAGCGGUCAACAAGGCGAGGCGAGUGAACAACAUACCAACAUGGAGUCUGACAAGUCAUCUCGUGUCCAAACAACUUGGUCAUACAUUGCGUCUGUCCUCCAUGAUGCACUGGACGUCACAUGGGAUGCGCUUGGAUCCGAUUCGGAAGAGCUCAUGGUGGACGUUGCAAUGUUACCGGUGCUUGAAACACGCCAGUUACCCUAUAUGAGCCGCCGCAGUCCAACUAGCGAGCUGACCUUUGUCGUUGUCAAUCUUCCGGCACACUUGACCGUAGAGAAGAAGUCAGGGUCCACUACGGUGACGUGCUUCAUCUGCGGCAAGAUGCAGACCAUCGCACAGAUGCGGAACCAUGUAGGGCGCCAUCUGUUGUACGCACUGCGUGACAUAUCUCAUCUGAAGCCUCACAAAAUUGAGCAGCUCCUCAAUAUGCAUGUCUUGCGAGCGGAAGAAGAACAGAUGAAGAUCAACUGCGAGGACUUCAAUAUCCCGGACAGCGACUAUAUCAAGUUUAUCAGGGAGGAGCUGCAGAUAGAACAGAAGCGUGGUAGAGGCCAGUCGAAAAUCGUGAAGGAGCCGCAUUUGAAAGCACCAAAGGCGGGCUGA